UGUUUUUCCAAUUAUACAUGAAUGAAAUAGUAAUUUUCCCUAAAAACAAUUUGAUUCUGAUUUCAUCAUCUUAAGGAACCGGGGUUAUAUCAAGCGGUUCCGCUGUGCUGUUUAAAAAUGUUGUAUAAAAGCCUUAAUCGGUAGGGGAAGCACCGAAAGGAACAGAUACGCAAAGUCAAUUGCAUUCGUAUACAAAGCUUGAAAGAAAAGUAAAACAGGGUCUGAAUUAAUAAUCAAGGCUGGGAUUCUAGGAAAAUGGCGUUGCAGUGGAUGAUACUCACUUACGCCGUGGCAGUGGAGGCGGUUCUAGCUGCAGUUUUAACCCUGCCCUCGCCGAAGCUGUUGAAAUAUCGAUUGGUGUCUCUCGUCUCCCUCCUUCUCCAACCUGCUCUCUUCAUCGUCCCUUUCGCUGGGUUUCAGCUCCUGGAUAUCUACUGGAAGAAUGAACAUCGGUUGAUGUGCACCUCUGAGAUCUGCACUGCCGCAGAAAGGGAUCGCUAUGAGAAAUCUAUUUACAAAUCCCAAAGGAAUGUGAUCUUAUGUGCUUCAGCUUGCUUGCUCUACUGGUGUAUCUAUCGUAUAUGCAAAUAUCAUAAAGAGAUUCAGAGUUUGGAGGAGGUGGAGAAGAGGUACAAGGACCAGUAGUUCAGUUCUCUGUCCCACUUCAGCAUUGGGAGCACACAACAAAUUAUACUUCUUGUUGUCAGUGUUUUGUUAUGAACUUGGAUUUGUGAAUUCAUGCCCUUUGCAUGUUUUUGUAAUUGAAUCAAAAAGUCAUAUGCUGGGUUGAACGUAACUACUAUUUUGGUUCUGUAAUCGAGCUAGAAUCACUCUGUAUUUGGAUUGUAUUGAACUGAACCAAAUGACAAUCUAUUAAUUUUUUUUAAAAAAAUUAGUAUAUAAACAA